GCAGUCUCCAUCAUGGCCAACGAGGAUGCAAAGGUGAUCCCGGUGCGGGUUGCAUUGCGCUGUCGUCCUUUAGUGCCAAAAGAAAUUAAUGAGGGUUGUCAGUGCUGCCUUACCUUUGUGCCAGGGGAACCACAGGUGGUGGUUGGUACGGAGAAAGCUUUUACCUACGACUAUGUAUUUGAUCCAACUGUAGAGCAGGAUGAGGUCUUCAAUACUGCUGUGUCACCCCUAUUACGUGGGCUAUUUAAAGGCUACCAUGCUACAGUACUUGCAUAUGGACAGACCGGGUCUGGGAAGACCUUCUCCAUGGGGGGAACAUACACAUCAGCUCAAGAGGAUGAUCCCUCUAACGGCAUUAUUCCACGCGUCAUCAAGACUAUUUUUGAUGAAAAGGAAAAUAGGAGCAACUGUGAAUUCAGCAUGGAAGUAUCUUAUCUGGAGAUCUACAAUGAGGAUGUGUUGGAUUUGUUGUGUACUGCUAAGGAUAGACCUGCUUUGAGCGUUAGGGAAGACCCCAAAGGAGGUAUCAAGAUUGUCGGGUUAACUGAGAAGCAGGUGGUCUCUGCUCGGCAAAUGGUAGACUGCCUGGAGCUUGGCAACUCCACUCGCACAGUGGGCUCUACGGCAAUGAAUGCUGCCUCAUCACGCUCGCAUGCCAUCUUCACCAUUACGCUGGAGCAACGCAAAGGGAAAGACAAAGUUGACUCCAUUGUUUCUAAACUGCACCUUGUGGAUCUGGCUGGUUCAGAAAGGCAAAAGAAAACCAAAGCGGAGGGGGAUCGUUUAAAAGAAGGCAUCAGCAUCAAUCGAGGCCUUUUGUCUUUGGGUAACGUGAUCAGUGCUCUAGGCGACGAAAGCAAGAAAAAUGCCUUUGUCCCUUACAGAGACUCCAAACUCACUCGCUUGUUACAAGAUUCCCUUGGAGGCAACAGUCACACACUGAUGAUUGCGUGUGUCAGUCCUGCCGACUCAAACUUGGAGGAAACCAUCAACACGCUGAGAUACGCUGACCGAGCUCGGAAAAUUAAAAACAAGCCUAUCGUGAACAUCGACCCCAGAGCAGCGGAACUUAGCCGCUUGCAUCAACAGGUUCAGGAACUGCAGGUAAUGCUUCUUCAUGCCCGUGGAGGAGUCUCGCCAGUGCUCACUGGGCCAGAGACGAGCGAGAAUAUGAAAAGGCUGUUGGAAGAGAACCGCCGUCUGCAGGACCAGAACCACAAAUUGAGCAAGGAGUUGAGUGAGACUGUGGGACAAACCACCCUCAUGUUUGAGAAGAUCAUUAUGACGGAGCAAACAAAUGAGAAACUUCUAAGCAAACUCAAGCAACUUCAGCAACAUGCAGCUUGCAGAGUAAAUCUUCAAAAAGUGUUGGAGACACUUGACGAUCAAGAGUUGAAGGAAAACCUUGAGCUUGUGAAGAAUCUGCAAGACCUUAUUUUGGAGCUCAAGCGUGAGAGUGUAGGCAUUGCUGCGUCUAUCGACGCCAUGGCUGCAGGGGUGGACAACCCAGAUGAAUUGGGAAAUGCUGGUGAUACAAAUAGGUCCUCACCUGAUACCAACGCAACUGCUGAAAAGCCUUCGCUAGAUGACUUUACAGCCCAUCACGCACUGCAGCAGGCUCAGAUGUCUAAAGAGCUGAUCGAGCUUAACAAAGUGUUGAGAUGGAAGGAGGAACUGGUUAAAAAGAUGUGCCAGAACGAUAGCCAGCUGGAGUCUGUGCAGUUGGAGCAACAGAACAACAUGAAUGAUCUGCAGAUGGCAGUGAACUCUCUUCAAAAGGAGAAGGAACAACUUGUUUUGGCACUUCAGUCUGCAAAGAAAGACACCAACCAGGCUAAGCUGAGUGAACAACGGAGGAAGCGUCUACAGGAGCUAGAAGGCCAGCUGGUUGACAUGAAGAAAAAGCUCCUUGAACAGUCAAAAAUGCUCAAACUCAAAGAGUCUUCAGUUCAGAAAGUCAGCAAGCUCACGCAAGAAAUACAGGCAAUGAAGUGCCAGCGUACACAGCUGAUGCGGCAGAUGAGGGAUGACUCUGAGAAAUUCCGACUGUGGAAGAGCAAAAAAGACAGAGAGGUGCUACAACUGAAAGAGAAGGAUCGUAAACGUCAGUAUGAAUUAAUUAAACUUGAGAGGAAUUUCCAGGCACAAGCCAAUGUCCUGCGUCACAAAACAAACGAGGCAGCAGCAGCAAACAAAAGACUAAAAGAUGCUCUCCAUAAGAGAUCAGAAGUCAAGAACCGUGGAAUUGAAGGAGCUGCUGCAAGGGUGAAGAACUGGCUUCUCAAUGAAGUGGAGGUUACAGUUAGCAUGGAGGAAGCUCGGCGGCACCUCAAUGACCUUCUGGAGGAGAGGAAACUCUUGGCUCAUGAAAGGAAUCACCUAAAGCAGCAGAUUGAUGCUGGGGAGCGACCAGCUGCUAAAAUCCGACGUCGGACGCUGACCAUUUCUGAGUUGGAGAACCAAGGGGCACUGGAGGCGCCUCUAGUGAAACAGUUAGAAAACCUGGACACAGAAAUAGAGCUCAGGAAUGCCCAAAUAGCUGACCUUCAACAGAAGGUCCUUGACGCAGACAGCGAAGGGCGACUGAAACAUCGUAUAGACGGCAUCACAAACAUCGUUGAUGCCAGAUGUGCCGUCAGAGUCCUGGUAGCUGAGCUGGUGACGGCAAAGGUGGGCGCAGCAAAGCUGGAGAGUGAACUCAAACAAGAGAAAGCGAGUGGACAAGAACUGAAAAAGACUUUGGCUGAUGAGCAAAUGUUGACGUCCACCAUGGAUGUGGAGCACCAGCAGCACAUUAUUGAAAUGGAGCAGAGGCAUCAGGACAACGUCCAAUGUUUUAUCGAGCAACUCAAGAAAUGCAAAGAGAAUGAAGCACAGCAAAAAGAUGAGAGCUUGAAGGAGAAGGAGUGUCUAAAAAUUCAGGAGGAAGAGCUCCAGAGACUGCGUGCUUUAUGUGAGCAGUAUAGACGGAAUGAGAAGGAAGAAGAAAACCGCCACCCUGAGAAACAGAUCAAGGACCGCAGGACCUCAAAAAAACCUAGAUCAACUGGGUGUUGCUGUAAAGGCAGCUGUAUCAACAACCACUGUCGUUGCCGGAAAGGAAAGAUGACGUGCAGUGAGAAUUGCCAGUGUGACCAUCAGAAAUGUCAAAAUACGGAUGAACGGUUUGCUACUGAAGAUGAUAGCUUGAGUGAAGUUGUUUCCGGAGACUCUACCAGUCCAGACGUAAGCUUCUUCCAGCCGCCAUAUGUGCAACAGGCAAAUGUGCCACAGGAAAUUGGACCCAUGGGCUAUGAGACCACCGGUCUCAAGUUAGUUCGUAAGCCCGUAUUAAAAGAGGAAGGUCAGGUGGUUGAUCAGGAGAAAGCCGGAACUACCAUAAAAAUCCUCAAGAAGAAAAGAUUUUUAACAAGUUUUCAGAACAGUUUUUUUUCUGGCUGCCCUCCAGUCGUAGAAGAGUCUCCGACUCUGAAAGACUAA